AUGGCGGAGCUCGGCAAGAAGUACUGCGUGUACUGCCUGGCCGAGGUGAGCCCGCUGCGCUUCCGCUGCACCGAGUGCCAGGACAUCGAGCUGUGCCCCGAGUGCUUCUCCGCCGGCGCGGAGAUCGGCCACCACCGCCGCUACCACGGCUACCAGCUGGUGGACGGCGGGCGCUUCACGCUCUGGGGGCCCGAGGCCGAGGGCGGCUGGACCAGCCGCGAGGAGCAGCUGCUGCUGGAUGCCAUCGAGCAGUUCGGCUUCGGGAACUGGGAGGACAUGGCAGCCCACGUCGGCGCUUCCCGGACCCCCCAGGAAGUGAUGGAGCAUUACGUAAGCAUGUACAUCCACGGCAACUUGGGGAAGGCCUGCAUCCCCGACACCAUCCCCAACCGGGUGACCGACCACACCUGCCCCAGCGGGGGCCCCCUCUCUCCCAGCCUCACCACCCCCUUGCCUCCCCUAGACAUCUCGGUGGCCGAGCAGCAGCAGCUGGGCUACAUGCCGCUGCGGGAUGACUACGAGAUCGAGUACGACCAGGACGCCGAGACGCUCAUCAGCGGGCUCUCGGUCAACUACGACGACGACGACGUGGAGAUCGAGCUGAAGCGCGCGCACGUGGACAUGUACGUGCGCAAGCUCCGUGAGCGGCAGCGGCGCAAGAACAUCGCGCGUGACUACAACCUGGUGCCCGCCUUCCUGGGCAAGGACAAGAAGGAGAAGGAGCGGGCGGCGCGGCGCAAGGUCACCAAGGAGGAGAAGGAGCUGCGGCUCAAGCUGCGGCCGCUCUACCAGUUCAUGUCGUGCAAGGAGUUCGAUGACCUGUUUGAGAACAUGCACAAGGAGAAGAUGCUGCGCGCGAAGAUCCGCGAGCUGCAGCGCUACCGGCGCAACGGCAUCACCAAGAUGGAAGAGUCGGCGGAGUACGAGGCGGCCCGGCACAAGCGCGAGAAGCGCAAGGAGAACAAGGCGGCUGCGGCUGCUGCCGCGGCAGCAGGGGGCGCCAAGCGCGGCAAGGAGGACGGCCGGGACGGCGAGUUCUCGGCCAUCGAGCACCUGCCAGGCUUCGAGCUCCUGUCGGACCGCGAGAAGGUGCUGUGCAGCUCGCUGAACCUGAGCCCCGCGCGCUACGUGACCGUGAAGACCAUCAUCAUCAAGGACCACCUGCAGAAGCGCCAGGGCAUCCCCUCCAAGAGCCGCCUGCCCAGCUACCUGGACAAAGUCCUCAAGAAGAGGAUCCUGAGCUUCCUCACCGAGAGCGGGUGGAUAUCCAGGGACGCCUCCUGAAGCCCGCCGUCCGGAGCGCCCGGGACGGACGGACGGACGGACGGAUGGUUGCGCGAGAGCCACACCAACAGCAGAGAGAAAAAAAAAGCUUUGUGAGC